AUGUCCAAUCCUUCUAACACCAACGGCAGUAACGAAGACGAGGUCGAGGUCAGCGAGCCAGCUACAACCCCGGUAGAGAUCGCUCUGAAAGACGACGUUGCUAUGCUGAUCAAGCGCCUCGCUCCGUCUGCACCGGUCGCUGAAGAACUCUGCUCGGCAUUAGCGAAAGAGUGUCUGACGGAGGCGCACUUACUCGGUUCGCUCUCCCAGCAAGUCAAGGAUAGGAUCGGCAACUCGGUGUCUAUAGCAGCUAGCGCCACUCUGACGGUCGUAUGUGAAGAGAUCGGUGCUGUGGUGAAGAAGAGAAGGAAGCUCAAUGCUCAGAUAGAGGCCUCCAGAACGGCAAUCCCCGUGGGUUCUAUCGUUGAGACUGCUCUGAAGAACUACCAAUCACCAUUGCCAGCGAGCUUGUUCUACGGCCUACCUUCUACAGUGGUCUCGG